CCAUCACAGACAGAAGGCUGUCUGUUUACAUGUGGUCAGCGUGAAGUUGUGAAUUACCUGUCCAAAAACUUUGGAUUAUGGCUUUCAAACUUUCUGUAGCUAAUGAAGCUACUAAGAAAUCACUGAUCUCACAAUGUAGAAGAAUUUCUAGCUAUUUUCAACCGAGUGAAAGUGAAUAUGAAAGUAAGCCUGUUUAUCCACCGAUUUUGGAUUUGAGUUAUGAGGCUCGUAAAGAAAGAAAAAUUGAAGAGAUAGCCCAGAAUAUUACAAAAUUAGGUACAGUCGAAGAAAAACUAAUUGAGCUAAAUGCACCCAAAUAUUAUGGAUGGUGGGCUCUUAAUUUGUAUGAACGGGUUAUUUCGUACAAUGCCCUUCCUUUCACUCAAUUCGCAACAAGGACUUGUCUUGUCAAUGAACUUCCUUCAAUCUACAAUGAUGUAGAUGAAAUCGCUUUAAAGUCACUUCCUAAUAUUAAAGACAAACUCAAUGACUUACUUCUUCAGGAGUUUGAGUAUGUCUCACCAAGAACCAACCGAAAAGGAGAGACCAAAUCAGAAGCAACAGAGUCAGAUAGACGUUCAAGGAAUUUCAUCCCUUUGCUAAACAGAUUACUAGUCAAUCAACUUAGCCAACACAAUGAAGAUCUUCAAACAACUGAAGUUGAUUAUGAACCAAGAUUGGAAGCCUUUUGGUCAUUGGGAGGAAUUGAGCCAGGCAAAGUUUUGAAAAAUAUUCGUGAAAAGAAUGAAAAAUUCUAUAAGGGCAAAGCUGAUGAUCCCAUUGACAGACCCAUUCAAUAUUAUGGAAGUCCUCGCUUGAGUUUGAGACAUAACAAACCACUUCCUCAACUACUUGAUAGAAAUAGUGGCCUUAGUGUGGAAGGUGCCGUUCCCAGCUGGAAUCUCGACCCACGCGUUAUGGGAUACAAAUACAAAUAUUGUCGUGCCGUUAAUGUACCAGGGUUCUGGCCUGGUACUGAAACUCAACACGGAUACAUGUCCUAUUUGUCCCGUGGUUACUUGAAGAGACGCGACGAGGAAUUGUCCAUGUCCGAUCAUCAAGAUGCUUUGCACGUUCAGGCUAUUCUUCAUUCCUUUGCUUGGACCUUGUCACAAGCAUGCUACUUGGGUUUUGGGCCAUAUACUGAACUCACGUAUCCGCUGAGCACACAGACCAUCAUUACCGAUGGGCAAAACUAUUCGUUUUCUGCGUAUCAGCUGAAUACUUGCGCGCUUUAUAACAAGCAUUCUGGAGACGCCAAUCCCCACCGAAAUGUUUGCUUUAGCACUGACGAAAUGAAGUUAUAUGACAUUAUAGAAGAUGGACAAGUCAAAGGUUUCAAUGACGACGUUCUUAAAUCUUUGAUCAAGUUCUACCUGAUUAAACCGACUGAACCCCAGGUGAACAUGCGACCAUAUUUGAGCCCCGAGUUGUACAUAGGAAAUGUCAGCGAUACUGAAAGGCGUCAGAAGACAGAAAAAAAUUUUAAGUUUUUGGUCUCUAAUCGACCCAACCAUAUCCUCAAGGACGAAAUUUAUCAAUGGGAGAAAAUUUACAAAAUUGAUCAUGAUACGAGACCAAUGGAGAAGAAAAUUCGAUUCUUUGAAACUGGAGAUCCUGCUCCAGGAAUGAAACGAUUGGACGAUUUCAAUCCAAAAUAUGUGCCCAAGCAUUUGCAAAAUCCACCCAAAAGAUCCCGUCGUGGAAGAUUGCCCGUUCAACCCUCCAUUAAACUCUAGUUCACAUAUUUAUCUUUCUGGAAUACUGCAACAGAUUGGUAUAACAAAUCAGCAAAAAAUCUGGCCGGUUUGUUAAGAUUUACCUAAUAAAGACAUUUCCUUAGAACAA